AGGAAAUUAAUGAAAAUGGCGCAUAUUUUAUCCACUGGCACAGAAGGGGGAAAACGAAACUUAGGCCUGAACGAGAGAAUCAAAGUCUUUCUCGCUCUGUCCGAACCAAAGAGCAAACUGUUGUAAUUCUCGUAUUCAGCUCGUGAAAAUCUCCAACUUUCUCCGAAGGAGAUGGACAGAAACGACGCAGUAUAAGGACUGAGGAAGGGAAGCAAGCAUGAAUUUGAUGAGCACGCGCCAGCCUUCCACUCGCGCUUCUCCUCCGGCUCCUCUGGAUUGGAAGUUCUCUCAAGUCUUCGGCGAAAGAAGCGCCGGCGAAGAUGUUCAAGAUGUUGAUAGAAUAUCGGCGGUUGAAUUUGAGAAGAGCGGUGAUUACCUUGCUGUUGGAGAUCGAGGCGGCCGGGUUGUAAUAUUCGAGAGAAAGGACGGGAAAGCUACACCGGACGAGCACUAUUCCAGAAGUCAGCUGGAGCGGUUGGAUUUUGUCUCUUUAGACCAUCCUGAAUAUCAAUAUAAGACUGAAUUUCAGAGUCAUGAGCCUGAGUUUGAUUACUUGAAGAGCUUGGAGAUUGAAGAGAAAAUAAACAAAGUAAAAUGGUGUACAACACCCAAUGGGUCACUCUUUAUCCUUUCAACGAAUGAUAAGACAAUUAAAUUGUGGAAGGUAAAGGAUCGAAAGGUGAAGAAGGCAAAGGAAGUGGAUCCUCAUCAAUUUGUCUCUUCAGAAAAUUCUCUUCUGGCUGAAAGGAGUUUUGUGAGUGAGCAAGACAUACCAUCUUUUACUAAUGGCAAUAACCUAGAGUGGAAAGAGAAUGUGGCUAACAACACAUUCGCAUCUCAAGAAUUGCAUGCUAAGAUUGGUAACAAUGAAGACGCCACAUAUGCAAGAUGUAGAAGGGUCUAUGCUCAUGCUCAUGAUUUUAAUAUCAAUUCAAUUUCAAAUAAUAGUGACGGCGAGACAUUUAUAUCUGCAGAUGAUCUUAGGAUAAACUUGUGGAACCUUGAAAUUAGUAAUCAGUCAUUUAAUAUCAUUGACAUGAAGCCAUUAAAUAUGGAGGAUCUUACUGAGGUCAUCACGUCAGCUGAAUUCCAUCCAAUUCAUUGUAACCUGCUUGCAUAUGGCAGCUCAAGAGGUUUUAUUCGCCUUGUUGACAUGCGACAAUCAGCAUUAUGUGAUUACAGUGCUAGAAUAUUGCAGGAUGCAGAAUGUCAAGGGUCAAGAUCAUUCUUUACUGAGAUUGUUGCCUCUAUAUCCGAUAUAAAGUUUUCAGUUGAUGGGCGGCACAUCUUAAGCCGUGACUACAUGGACCUUAAGCUGUGGGAUAUAAACAUGGAUUCUUCACCAGUUGCAACAUUUAAGAUUCAUGAACAUCUACGCCCAAAGUUAUGCGAUUUGUAUAAUAAUGACUCCAUAUUUGAUAAAUUUGAGUGCUGCCUCAGUGGAGAUGGACUUCAUUUUGCAACUGGAUCUUAUAGCAAUCUCUUACGUAUCUUCUCUCAUGGUGUUGGAAGUGAAGAGGGGAGUACAGUAGAAGCUAGCAAAAAUCCAAACAGUAGGAAGCCCCUUCAGAGGGCAAGAAGAUCAUCCUUAAGUAACCUUACGCGCGGGUUUCACAAGCAAGCAGGGCAUGAAAACACAAGCCUUGGUAAUGAGUUUUCCUGGUCCUCAAGUUCUAAGCUGCAACAUGUCGCUUGGCACCCAUGUGCAAACUUGAUUGCUUGUGCUUCUGGAAAUAGCUUGUUUUUCUACUAUGCGUAGCCUCCAGUACAGAAAUGCUUUGAUUGACCAUAGAACACCAAGUAGGUUGUACACGUUGACGCGGUACGCCCUUUAUGUUUAGCAUCUUAUUGGAUUGAAGCAUUAUCAUCUUACUGGCUUACCACGAUUGAAAUGUAAACAAUGUACAAAAAUCAAAUUGAAUAGUUGGUGCAAACAACCUUGUCUUUGUUCUAUAGUUUUUGGUUUUCCCCAUUGGCUUCA